CAGCAGCCACACUUCCGGUCACGCUUUCUCUGCCUGUCCACCGGGGAGUGUCUAGUUUGGGGUUGGAGGCGCUCGUCGCUUUGGAUAUAGAGCUCGAAGGAAGUUCAAGGCGUUGCUUUAAUUAGCUCUUCGACCUUUGCGACACAUUUAUUGUUAGACGUGUUCUCGUUCUUCAGGCCACAAAUCACCUAUCAUUACUGCCAGUGCACACGCCUUAUCUCCCGUCAAUAUAAAUAUAUCAUAGUCUCUCACUAUCAUACAGUCACCACAUUAUGUCUGCAGAUCUCUUUGCGGAGUUUGGUAUGGGAACUGCUCCCUCUCCUUCACAGAGAGGUUCAAGCCAGCAGUCAUCCGCUGGGUUCCAGUCGACGUCUUUGAUCCCUGACUUGGAUGCAUUUGAAGGAUCUUCCACCGGUCCUUCAUCCAUCUCGAACAAAAACACAACAAAAUCGGCUCAAUUCGACGACGGCUGGAAUGACUCAGCUUUCGAAGCGCCUAGUACAUCAGGGCUAUCCCAGUACGGGCACGGAAAUGAUGUCUUAUUUGAUGCCACCCUUGAAAGUGUUCCAGAUGAUGAAAGCGAUGACUGGGGCGAAUUCGAGACUGCGGACGUGCCUGCUACUAAACCACCAUCAAAUGCUGGGUUACAACCUCACAAAGUUUUGAAAGAAUCUAAGCUCACGCCAGUCGCGAAAAAGCCGGCGCCUUCCGACUUGUUAGAUUCAUUAUUAUUAAGUGAUGAUAUACCACCAUCAUCUGAGCGGAAGCCCUCUGCGAAUCGGGUGGUACCUGAAGCACGCAAAAAAGGAUUGCCAAAUCCCAAACCGACUCUUUCUACCCAGGAAGACCCUUUCGAGGAUUGGGGCGACUUCGUUGACGGCCCGCCUACAGUUCCCAGUCAAACAAGUACCUCAGGUGCUACAGCUUCAAUAUCCCGGGCGCCUCGCAAGGAGGUGCCGUCCCCCAACUCUAUCGUUGGUCCAUCGAAAACAAUAAGCUCUUUCUCAACAUCUAGUCAUCCUACAGCAGCUGCUCAAGUCCGUCCGACCAAUAUACCUCCACCUUCUGUUUUGCUUGAGCUAUUUCCUCGAUUACUAGAUGAACUUCGGCAAGACGCCGCCAAAGCAAGAAAGGAUAUGCAACAGAAAGAACAACUUGAGAAUACCGCAACUCUGAUUAUCUACACGCUAAAGACUGCCGCGCGGGUUGUUGCCGGCAGAAGCCUACGAUGGAAGCGGGACUCCAUACUGAGUCAGAGCAUGAGGAUUGGCCCAGCUCGUUCAGGGAAGUCGGGAGGCAUGAAGCUCAACACAGUAAACAAGAACGAGGAUAUCAAGGAAAAGCAACAAGCUGUUGAUGUACUUGCCAUGUGGCGUGACCGGACCGCAAUCUUCAAUUCCGUCGUUCAAGCCACCAAACGACAACCAGUUCAGGUCAUACAGGAGAAUACUCGGGUAACGACACUUCCUGCAAAUCAAGGGGCUUUGAAGGCGCCUCACGCUUGUGCUCUAUGUGGUCUUAAAAGAGAUGAAAGGCUGCCCAAAGUCGACGAGCAAGUGGAGGACAGUUUUGGGGAAUGGUGGACGGAUCAUUGGGGCCAUACCGACUGCAGGCAUUUCUGGGAAAGGAACAGGGGUCUACUCGGACAAAGGUAGAACGGCCACCGUAUGAGCAAUCAGCCGCGCAAACGUCAGCUGACAUGACCGACCACUUAUACCUUCGGAAUCAAGCAAAACGCAAAUCUUGGCCAAGGCUAAUAGUAGCUACCGAAUGGAAUUCUGUAGAGUACGGAAGCUGCUUCUGCUAUCAUUGGAGGGGUUGGUAUCAUUUGGCAAUCAACCGCUGGAAAUGACUGGGUCAUCUGCCAGAUUCUGGACUUCUGCUGUAGAUACUGGGCAAGGGAUCUUCUAACAUAGAUGUCUUAACCCUAGGAUACUGAAUAGAUAGAUGCAAGUGUAUCAUGAUGAACCAUGUUCCAGAGCAACUUUGGCACGAGUGCUAGAAGCACUGACUUUUCUAGCUGAUG